GCUAUUACUUGUUUCUUUCUUUUUUUCUUCCCGAAAAAGCAACGAACAAAACGUGAGAGAGAGAGAGAGAGAGAGAGAGAGCAAUGAACACUUGUCGAAUAGUUCUCCAACGCAGGUUCCUUCCCGUGAGCAACUCCAAGAAGGAAAAAUUUGACAGAUUCAUACCGAACAGAGCAGCCAUGGAUUUCGACUAUGCUCACUUGGCUCUUAUGGAAGAAAGAGAAGAAGAAGAAGAGGUCAGUUCAUCCAGAAAAGCUUAUAGAAAGCAAUUGGCUGAGACUAUGGGUCUUAACCGAACUCGAAUCCUCGCAUUCACCAACAAACCACCUUCUUCUACUUCUCUUCACCAUCAGCAUCAGCAUCAGCAUGAGCCUCCUCGACGCAUUCCUCAGCGUCCCGAGAGAACUUUGGAUGCUCCUGGCCUUGUGGAUGACUUCUAUCUCAACGUUCUCGACUGGAGCAGUGCUAAUGUCCUAGCCGUUGCCUUGGCCAACUCUGUUUGUCUCUGGGAUGCUUCCACUGGCUCCGUGACUACGCUUGUCACGUAUGGUGAAGACCAAGGACCUGUCACAAGUCUAAACUGGGCGCAUGAUGGUAUCAACCUUGGAGUUGGGCUCAACAAUGGUCAAGUUCACAUUUGGGACUGUGUAACCAAGACUCUACUGAGAACAUUGCAAGGCUUCCACCACACACGAGUUGGGUCCUUGGCCUGGAACACUCAUAUAUUGACAACCGGAGGAAUGGACGGACGUAUCUUCAACAACGAUGUGCGGUUCAUGUCAUACCCUGUGUCUACUUACAAGGGUCACACUCAAGAGGUCUGUGGGCUCAAGUGGUCAGCAUCUGGUCAGCAACUAGCUAGCGGCGGAAACGACCGUCUAGUACAUAUAUGGGAUCGUUCUACUAGUACGCAGUGGCUGCACAGGCUCAGGGGGCAUACAUCUGCAGUUAAGGCUCUCGCUUGGUGUCCUUUCCAAAGCGAUUUGCUUGCAUCUGGCGGUGGUGCAGAAGAUAGGAAGAUCAAGUUCUGGAACACUCGCACAGGGGCUUGCUUGAAUUCGCUUGACACUGCUUCCCAAGUCUCUUCUCUCUUGUGGAGCAACAAUCAAAGAGAGCUGCUUUGCUCACAUGGGUCUCAGCUCACACUGUGGAAGUACCCGUCGAUGGUGAAAAUGGCUGAGCUCUCUGGUCAUACGUCAAGAGUUCUAUCUAUGACCCAGAGUCCAGAUGGUUGUACUGUAGUUUCAGCUGCAGGAGACGAGAAUCUGUGCUUUUGGAAUGUUUUUGGACUACCUCACACCACCGCCAAAAAAACUGUUCCAAAAGCAGCUCAUGAGCCGUUUUCUCAUGUCGCUCGUAUUCGUUGAAAACUCAACUACCAGAGGUUGACAAUGAAAAGAUAGAGUGCGAGGCUUCUGCAUAUCAGAAGAAACUUUUAAUGAAGAGGGUUGAGGAUUCGCUUGGAAACAUGAAGGUGCUGUUUUGUGCUCUGCGUAUUGUGUAUUCAGUUGUUUCUUAGUUAGUUUUCUUUUUACAGUCGCGUGCAGUGCACAACUCAGUGAUGGAGCUUCGGAAUAUAUAUCACAAUCAUCCAUAUCUCAGCCAACUUCAUACAGACGAGGUAAUAGAAAUUUACAUAAAUGCAAACAACUUCUGGUUAGGGAACUAAGGAAAGUUUUGAUGAAGGGUCUGCGUAAAUCACUCUCUCUCUCUCUGGUCAAUAGCUGAGCAUUAUCUGCCUCCGGUAAUAAGACUUGUGUGGGAAGCUUGAGAUGUUGGACCCGCUCUUACCCAUUAUCUUCCUGAGCAUUAUGCUGCGCCAGUGUUGCCUUAAAUGAUAUUAUAUCCCCAAGGAUAAUCAUUGCUUGUAGAAUAUAUUACCUGUGCAUAUAUAUAUAUAUAUAUAUAUAUAUCUGUUCCAAUUGAGGUUAAGGUUGGUGAAUCGUCAGGAUCCAAAAUUACAUCGGUUUGGAAAUAAAAUGAGAUGUUGUUGUCCAAGAUCAACCCGUCAGUUGUACAGUCGUCUGCCAGGAAAAAAGAAAUGAAACAUUAGGUAUUGGUGGUUCUGGAAGGAAACAAACUACUGAUGUUGCUCGUGUCAUUUUCAGAGAAAAGCAUAAAGUUGGGGAGCCUUCUGAAACAACGGUAACAAAUGAGCCAGAUGGAAAAUCUGAAUAUGCACAUAGCCAAGACCAGCAU